AUGAAAUAAAUGGAUUCAUCUAACUAAACUCAAAUAUAAGAAAUUUACAAAUUAUCCUGCACAUUUAAUACAAUUUGGAAUUCUAUUUAAUAAUAAAUCUCAGAUGAAAAUACUAUAAUUGUAAUUUUAUUAGGUUCUCAAAAUAGUGGCAAGACAACUUUUCUUAAAUAUCUUAAAAAAGAUGAUUUAAAUAUUGUCAAUAAGAAUAAAGACAUAUUAAAUAGUAAUAAAUAAGAAUAUUUUGAUAUUUUUAAAAUAGAAUAGCCUAAACCACAUUUAUUUUUGGAUUUUGAUAGUAUUCUUAAUUCAGAAAAAAAUAACAUGAUUUUAAUUUUUGAAGAACUGUUUUUAAGAUUAAUUGAUAAAUACAAGAUAAAAUUGAUAUAUAUUCUCGAACAUCCAGUAAAUAAUCUAUUAAAUAGAGGGUCUUAAUUAUAAUAAUUUAUGAAAAAAUAUUUUUUGGGUGGAAAUCAAAUAAGUUUACAAAUUAUUCUAAAUAAGUAUUUAGAAAAUUUAAAUGAUGAAGAAUUAAAUUAAACAGUACAAAAAGAAAUUUAAGAAAUGAAUCUUACAUAUAUUAAUGAAAUUUUUGUAUUUAGAAAAAUAAAAACAAUAGAAUAGUAAUAGAUAGAGUUUUCAAUUGAGAAAAGAUAAAAGAUUUUUUAUUCUAUAAUCAAAUAACAUCCACUUAAGCUAGAAAGAGAUUAAUUUACUUUAAAUGAGAAGUUAGUUUAUUCAAUAGAAUAAAUUUUCCAAAGCACUUCCAUAUCAAUUAUAAAAAAAAUUUAUGAAAAGAACAAGAAAGUGGGCCUAUAUAAGUAAAGCGAACUUAAGAAAUUUAAAGAGUAAUGUUAAACCAUAUUAAAUGAUACUUAAUCUAAAGAUCCCCAAUUUUUGUUUGAUUAAUCUAAAGAGUGGAAUUAAUUAAUAAAUUAUAAUUUUUCCAAUCACGAUCUAGAGUUCAAUAAUUAUCAUUAUCUAAAGAAGAUUUUACCUUAAUUUACAAAAAUAAUUGAAAAAAUCCAAAUUUUAGAAGAUGUUAAUAGAAUGGUGUAGAAUUGCUGUUAAGUUAUAAUCUAAAAUUUGGAAACUUAUAUUAAUGAAGAUUGUUAAUAAAAUAAUAACAUAAUAAGAAAGAAUAUGGCUGAAAUAAAGUCUGACUCUAUAGAAAAUGAAAUAAAAAAAUAUGAAUCCUUAUAAAAUAUUUAGCUUGAAGAGUUAAGUUUGAUAGUCAAUAAUUAUUUCGUUGAAUAACCUUGCGAAAAGACGAAAAAAUUAAAAAUUGCUCUUGAUAUAUUUCUGGAAUAUAGGUAAACAUUAGAAAAAUUGAAUGAACAAAAUAAAGAAAUAAAGAAAUAACAAAAAAAGAAGGAAUCUUGCUAAAUACAAUGA